GUGUGUAUGUGUGAUUGUGUGUGUCGCUCCUUCACCGGCUCCAUGUGAGAACCGUGUUCUUUUCCUCGUUUGCUUAUGACAAAGUCUUUUCCAGGCUCGGUUUUUAAGCAUGAAGAGUUGAAGGAACGUGUAGGACAAGCUUUUUAAACAGUGCACGUUUAGCUCAACUCUCUCACGUAGGAACCUGGGAACGUGCGCGCGGGUGUUGAAGCUCCACAUUACGCACUGGAUAAAGUGAACUGUUCAUACAGGUGGGGUUUAAGCGGGUUAGGUGAAGGUGAAGCUGGUUAAAGUGGGACUUUGUCUGCGGAACACUCAAGGUCUGGAUUGCUGCUGUAGAUAUGCAAAGCUCCUGAUCACACGGCAGCCAACAGAGAAGUGCCGGCCAUAGAGGUUGAGUCCAGUCUCCAGAAGGAUGUUUUUUUGAGUGAACGAGAGUGCAUUGUGGGUGCCUGUGUUAGACCACACAGCUGACCUGUCAAGAGAGGACAUGCCUCUAUAAAAGACAAUUACCAAACAAAUGAGUUGUCACCAUGUUCCACGGGAUGGUGCGUGUAUUGCAUGCUCUUCUCCCCGUCCUGGUUUUGUGUGCAGUCUCCCAGAGCAUCCCGUCACUGCACCACUAUCCAGUGUUUAUGCGCAACACCACACAAUUCGAGCAUCUGGCUCUCCACCCUGAACCGGAACUGGGGCGCAUCUACGUGGGUGCCCGUGAUCGUCUGUUCCGGCUAUCCUCAGACCUCCGACUGGAGGAGGAGGUGAAGACCGGGCCUGUGACGGACAGCCGUGAAUGCCUGCCUCCCAUCAGCGACACCAGCUGCCCGCUGGCACAGCCGACCAGCAACCACAACAAGCUUCUUCUUAUCGACCCUUCAAGCAAGGUGCUGAUCAGCUGCGGCAGUGUGCACCAAGGCACAUGUCAGAAGCGAGACCUGGAUGCCAUUGGUACUGUGCUCUUUUCAGCCCAGAGGCCUGUGGACACACAGUAUGUGGCAGCCAAUAAACCUGAGGUUUCCACUGUGGGAUUGGUGGUUCCCGCACAUGGAGCACGACAGUCAGUGCUGUACGUGGGUCGUGGCUAUACCAGCAGCCAGCCGCCCAUCUCCACACGCAACCUAGCUACUGAACCUAUCUUCUCAUAUGAAGAAACGGCAAAGCUAACCGUGGUCGAACGGCUUUCAGAAUACGACCACCACUUUGUGACCUCUUUUGCACACAAUUACCAUGUCUACUUUCUGUUUUACCGCCGUGAUUUGAAGUCAGAUGGGCGUGACUACCAAACAUACGUGUCUCGUGUGUGUCUGGACGAUAUGGCAUACUAUUCAUACGUAGAGGUUCCACUAAGCUGCCGUUCAGCUGCCGGAAAGAGAUACACCUUGCUACAAGCUGCUCGACUGGGACUGGCAGGAGAAACUAGAGGGGAAGACAAAGAGCUACUGCUGGGGGUUUUCUCUACACAUUCUGCCUCAUCCACCAAACCCAGCAACGAGUCAGCCCUGUGCAUGUUUUCCCUGCAGGAACUGGAUAAACACAUCAACAACACUCGAGAUCUCUGUUACACAAAAGUGGGCCAGCAAGAUGGACUCGAGGCUGCCUAUAUAGAGUAUGAGGUGAAAUCAAACUGUGCCAGUUUGCCACCAAGCACUCUAGAGGCUUACCAAUGUGGUUCUGACCACACUCCGAGCCCAAUGGCUAGCAGUGUCGCGGUGGAGGCUGAGCCGAUAUUGGACAGUCCUACUGCUCGUCUUACUGCGGUUGCUAUUAGCAUCAAAGCAGACCACACCAUUGCUUUUCUGGGAGACUCUAAGGGAAACUUACACAAGGUGUUUUUGGGUCCUAAUGGUGAGGUGGAAGAAUAUGCCAUUAUUCCCAUUCAACGUAAUGCAGCAAUAAGCAGUGAGCUGACUCUCGACCAAUCAGAAGAGCACCUGUACAUUAUGACCAGCACUAUGCUGGAGAAAAGGCCUGUCGCUGAGUGUCACCUGUACACGGACUGUGGGUCGUGUCUCUCAGCUCGAGAUCCUUACUGUGGCUGGUGUGUGCUGGAAGGGAGGUGUGUUCAGCGUGGCGAGUGUGCACGUGGGAAGCAGGCUGAUCAGUGGCUAUGGAGUUUUGAUAUGGAGCAGCAGUGUCUGACUGUGCAAACCAUCACACCAUCAAACCUCAGCAGAGAGGAGAGCAGGACAAUUGCUCUAUUUGUUCCUGGUCUACCAAGGCUAGAGGAUGGGGAAUCAUAUUCCUGUUUCUUUCAAGACAUUUUCUCUCCUGCGACCAUCACUGAAAGCGGGGUCACCUGCUCCUCACCAGAACCCCAGAUAGUCCCCACUCCGUCACCUGGAGAAGAUUUUUUAACAGUCACUUUAUCCUUACGGUUUGGUGAUGUCAUUGUCACUUCUUCGGAAUUCACCUUCUAUGAUUGCAGAGUUGUCAAACAUCUCUCGGGGAGUAUGCCUUGUCAUGGAUGUGUGUCAAGUCGUUGGGGCUGUAACUGGUGUGUACACGAGCAUGUGUGUUCCCACAAGACGCACUGUGAGCAAGGGGUCAUCAUUUACAACGAAAAUUUCAAAGUCCCUGCACCCUCCCCUCCUCCAAUUAUACAUGUCAAGAUUUCAACUGUCACUAUGAAACACGCACUUCAUACCUCCAUGCCACCUACUAAACCUCCAGCUACACCUCCGACUACAACCACUGCACCUACUACGACCACCACAACUCCAACCACUCAAGCUACAACUAUAACUACACCACUGGCAACUACAGCCAACACACCAGCCACCACCUCCACUCCAACUACAUUGCCUGCAAUUCCUGAACCCACCGUUCCCCCUACCUUCCCAAUGUUGCCAACCCUCCCAUCCCAAAUCACAACCACAACUCCCUCAUUCUCUACACUGCCUGUUCUGAAGGAGCGUACCUCAGAGGAGAUACUGCUAGCCUCUGAGACAGAGGAAGAAGCCCUUAGCGAAGCCAAGAGUGCUGUGAUCACCAUCUCCAGUCUGGAUACUGGACUGGAAACCGAGCCACCAAGCAUUAAUGAAGCAGCCAUUGACCAGAUGACUUCAGAGACACCGACACAAGCUGCGGUGUUGCUGUUUUCUGAAGAAGUCACGCCACUGGGGGAACCAGUAACCGAUGCUCAAGCAUUGCCUAGCAGUCCACAGAUUGUAGAAGAAUCUCUUCCAUUGGCUGAGCCUCCUACCGAAAUUCAAAACAUAACACAAUCAGAAAGUCUUGAGUCUGUGGGAGAAGAUUCUAAUCCUGUCAGCUUAUUGCCCACGGUGCCUGUUGUUCUACCGUCUGGUUUGCCUGUUCCCUCAGAGAGGGAUGCAGAACUGGAGGUGCUUCACAUUCCCCCAGAGGAAGCUGGCAUGGCUGAAAAUGACACAACUGCAUUUUCAGCAGCAACAGUGUUGUCGGGUGAUGGAGAAUUAGACCACAUCUCUCCUGGCUACCCUCGGCUCUUGGAUGUAGAUUCUGAGACAGACUACCACUAUGACAUGGCAAACCUACCGCAGGGAGAUGAGGGCUUGUUUGAGAGUUGGGGUUCAUCUGCAUGUCCUUGUGUUGAGAAAGUUCAGGGCUCACCACUGCUGCCUGUACAGACAGAGAGGAAGAUCAAUCUGUUGGCUCGCAACCUUCAUCUGUAUCAGGACCAAGACUUGGAGUAUGAGUGUGUUUUGGUGAUUGAGGGACAGACUGUGGUGGUGGAUGCCUAUGUAGAGAGAGAUAGCACAAACACAUCUUUGUUUGACAUUACUUGUCAGCAGCACAAGUAUUCCUACUCAAGCUUGGUGGAGGAGUACAACGCCAUGGUGUAUGUGAAGAGGAGAGACACUUUUCAUGUGGACAGCUUUAAUGACCUCUUUGUGACUUUGUACAACUGUUCGGUGGGCCGUUCUGACUGCAGCCGGUGUCACACAGCAGAUCAGAAGUACGACUGUGUGUGGUGUGGUGAGGUUCAGUCAAGCUGUGUGCACAAAGAGGCCUGCUUAAAUACGAGGGUUAAAUACACAUGUCCUGCUCCUGUCAUUCAUUUUAUCGAGCCUCUAACAGGCCUUAAAGAGGGAGGUACCACUCUCACCAUCAGCGGUUCCAACUUGGGCCAGAAAGCUCAGGACAUCUUACAGUCAGUCAGUGUGGCUGGCAUUUCCUGUUCAGUCAGACCAGAACUGUAUGAGAUAUCAUCCAGAAUUGUGUGUGUAACAGGAGAGAGCAAAGAGGAGAAGUCAGGUUAUGUCUCAGUAGAAGUGUCUGGUGCAGGGCACAAAGGUCUCUCUAUUCAAACUUUCAGCUACCAGGAACCAAUUCUUGAAGGGGUGAAUCCCCAGAGAGGACCCCAGGCAGGGGGGACCUCUCUCACCAUCACGGGCAAAAAAUUACUGACUGGCAGAGGCAGUGACAUCAGUGUGCUGCUGGGCAGUGUCCCCUGUGUAAUGUUUGAAAAUGUGCAGGAAGGCAGGAUCGAGUGUGUCACAGGCGCUAGCAACCAGACUGGAGAUCACAUAGUAACUGUGCGCUAUGGCAACCUUGAGCGCUAUCUCAAUGACAUCCGCUUUCACUACACCCCAAAUCCUAACAUAACACUUGCUACCCCUUCGAAAAGCUUCAUCAGCGGCGGUCGCGUGAUCAGUGUGGAUGGACAUAACUUGGACGUAGUCCAGGAGCCACGCAUCCGAGUGACCAUGACCAGGAAAAGAGGUAGCAGACAGAGAAGAAGGAGAAACGGAGGGAGCAUUAAAGCUAAGGGCAGUGGUUUACUGUUGAGACACAAGAGGAUCAUUCCUGAAGUAGACAUUGCAGAAAACACUGGAAAAUAUUUUGAUGAACGGUGUGAGGUGAACUCUUCCUCUCGACUGCUGUGUCGUAGCCCUGGUGUGAGCUCUGAGAUGUUAGAAUCUGAUGUGCUGGUGGAGUUUCUUCUGGAUAACUUGCGCUUCAACUUUAACUCAUUCAGCAAAAUGCCUUUUACCUAUGAACCAAACCCAACCCUCACUAAUCUCAACCACCUUGACCCCAAUGAGCCCUACCUCUACAAACCUGGUUCAGUCAUAUCAGUAGAGGGACAGAAUCUAGACCUAGCAAUGUCUAAAGAUGAGGUGGUGGCUCUUAUUGGUGAGGGCAUAUGUACAGUUAAAACUCUGACAAAAAACCAUCUGUAUUGUGAACCACCUGCCCAGCAGCCCUCCCCCUCCUACAGCCACGGACGCAAGAGAGAAGGAGCCGAUGCUCUCCCAGAGUUCACAGUACAGAUGGGGAAUCUGAACUUUUCUCUGGGAAGGGUGCAGUAUGACACCCUCAGUCAGUCCACCUUUCCUUUGGAGGCACAGAUAGGGGUUGGAGCAGUGGCUUCUCUUGUCGUUCUUAUUGUUGUGAUCAUUGUUCUCAUUUACAGGAGGAAGAGUAAGCAGGCUUUGAGAGAUUACAAGAAAGUUCAAAUUCAGCUGGAGAAUCUAGAGACGAGUGUGAGAGACCGGUGCAAGAAAGAGUUUACAGACUUGAUGACUGAAAUGAUGGACAUGUCAAGUGAUAUGGUGGUAUCCGGGAUUCCGUUUCUGGAUUACAAGAUGUACGCUGAGCGCAUCUUUUUCCCGGGUCAUCGGGAGUCGCCACUGCGCAGGGACCUGGAUGUACAGGACUGUAGACGGGCCACAGUGGAGCAGGGUCUUGUCCAACUUUCCAACCUGCUCAACAGCAAACUCUUCCUCACCAAGUUUAUCCACACUCUGGAGAGCCAGAGGACUUUCUCUCCCAGAGACCGAGCUUACGUGGCCUCUCUGCUCACUGUAGCCCUACAUGGCAAGCUGGAGUACUUCACUGAUAUACUGAAAACAUUGCUUAAUGACCUGGUGGAGCAGUAUGUUGCCAAGAACCCCAAACUCAUGCUUCGAAGAACAGAGACUGUUGUGGAGAAGCUCCUGACCAACUGGAUGUCGAUAUGCCUUUACUCUUUCCUGAGGGACUCGGCAGGCGAGUGUUUGUACAUGCUUUUUAGAGCCAUAAAGCACCAGGUGGACAAAGGGCCUGUGGACGCAGUGACUGGCAAAGCCAAAUACACCCUUAAUGACAGCCGACUACUCCGAGAGGAUUUGGAGUAUCACACGCUGACUCUGAAUGUUCAGAUGGAGGGAGUAGGAAUGAAUGAGACUCAGCCAGUAGCAGCUAAAGUACUAGACUGUGACACUAUAACCCAAGUCAAAGAGAAGAUUCUAGACCAGGUCUUUAAGGGAACCUCAUACUCCCAUAGACCUCACACAGACUCCCUGGAUUUGGAAUGGCGUUCAGGUGUUGCAGGUCACCUCAUUCUCUCAGAUGAAGAUUUAACAUCUGUGGUACAGGGCAACUGGAAACGCCUCAAUACAAUUCAGCAUUACAAGGUCCCUGAUGGAGCUACAGUUGCGCUGGUGCCACGACAUAGCAAACACAUCCAUCAUGACAACCAUGACUAUGUGGCAGGAGAGAAGACGCCAAUGCUGGAGGAUGCGGAUGAAGGCGGAGUCAGACUGUGGCAUCUUGUAAAAGCCAGUGAGGAACCUGAACUGCCCAAACACAGAAGAGGCAGUUUGCGAGAGAGAGAGAGGGCCAAGGCCAUACCGGAGAUCUACCUCACACGACUGCUCUCCAUGAAGGGCACGCUGCAGAAGUUUGUUGAUGAUCUAUUCACUGUGAUUCUGAGCACAAGUCGGCCCGUUCCCCUCGCUGUGAAAUACUUCUUUGACCUGCUGGAUGAUCAGGCAACACAUCACGGCAUCUCAGACCCAGAAACAAUACAUAUAUGGAAAACAAACAGUCUGCCUCUGCGCUUCUGGAUCAACAUUGUGAAGAACCCUCAGUUCCUCUUUGACGUGCAGGCAUCUGACAAUGUGGACGCUGUCCUGUCUGUCAUCGCUCAGACCUUCAUGGAUUCCUGCACCAUUGCUGACCACAAACUGGGCAGGGACUCCCCCAUCAACAAGCUGCUGUAUGCCAGAGACAUUCCCCGUUAUAAGCAGAUGGUGGAGAGGUACUAUGCUGACAUCAGGCAGACGAUCCCAGCUAGUGAUCAGGAGAUGAACUCCGCCUUAGCUGAACACUCCAGGACUUACUCAGGAGAGCUAAAUUACCUAGUGGCCCUGCAUGAGCUGUACAAGUAUAUCAACAAAUAUUAUGACCAGAUCAUCACCGCCUUAGAAGAGGACACCACGGCUCAGAAGAUGCAGCUCGGUUAUCGUCUUCAACAGAUCGCAGCUGCGGUGGAAAACAAAGUGACAGACUUGUAAAUAAGAGAUCAGAAUGAGAUGACUGACAGGAGGGGAAAGAAACAAGAAGAAGAUGAAAAACAGGGGUUGCACUGAAGAAUGGACCUACUGUAUGUAUUUGACUGCAGAGUUGUGUAGAAGCAGCGAAUGAGAACCACAGCACUGUGGCGUUGAUAUAAAUGAUGGAGUAAACACACUGCCACUUUACAUGGGAAAAGAGGACUCACUGUGUGAUGGGACUACAUGGUUUCUGUCAUUAUCUGAGGGAUUAGUAAAUUGGAGUCUCUUCAACAUUCUCUGAAUGAUGGGACAGUUUCAGGAGGAAGUUCUCUCUCAGUCCUUCUGGAGAAAUCAAAGAGGACACGUACCCACGCAGUGGGGAGUGUGUGUAAAGUGACUGCAAGAAGAGCAGCCAUGUUGUCCGUCUCCUCCACGACUCAAUCAG